GGGGCCGGACAUGGGAAUUGGGCUCCGGGAGCCGCUGCCCCGUGGCCUGCCGGUACCUGUGGCGGAAAGUCCCUUCUGCUUGUGAACCUUUCGAGCUCCUCGCCCUGGGCUCUCGCCAUGAACACUAUGAAAACCACCUACAUCGUGCUGGAACUCAUCAUCGCCGUGCUGUCCAUCGCUGGCAACGUCCUGGUGUGCUGGGCCGUGGCCAUCAACAGCACCUUGAAGAACGCGACCAACUAUUUCCUGGUGUCUCUGGCGGUGGCUGAUAUCGCCGUGGGUUUGCUGGCAAUCCCCUUUGCCAUCACCAUCAGCAUCGGUUUCCAGGUGGAUUUUCACAGCUGCCUCUUCUUCGCCUGCUUCGUGCUGGUGCUGACCCAAAGCUCCAUCUUCAGCCUGCUGGCGGUGGCCAUCGACCGGUACCUGGCCAUCAAGAUCCCCCUGAGGUACAACAGCCUGGUGACCGGCAAGCGGGCGCGAGGACUCAUCGCUGUGCUGUGGCUCCUGUCCUUUGUGAUCGGGCUGACCCCGCUGAUGGGCUGGAACAAAGCCAUGAGCGGUUGUCCCAACUCCACCAACGAGACAGGGGCUGACAGCGGGGCAGGGCACCACGGCUGCUUCAUCUCGUGUCUCUUUGAGAAUGUGGUGACUAUGAGCUACAUGGUGUACUUCAACUUCUUCGGCUGCGUGCUGCUUCCGCUCAUCAUCAUGCUGGGAAUCUACAUCAAGAUCUUCAUGGUAGCCUGCAAGCAGCUGCAUCAAAUUGAGCUGAUGGGCAACUCCAGGACCACUCUGCAGAAGGAGGUCCAUGCAGCCAAGUCUCUGGCCAUCAUCGUAGGACUUUUUGCCUUCUGUUGGCUGCCCCUGCAUAUCUUGAACUGCAUCACUCAUUUCAACGAGGAGUUCUCCAAGUCCAAGCCAGAGUGGGUGAUGUAUAUGGCCAUCAUCCUCUCACAUGCCAACUCGGUCAUCAACCCCAUCAUCUACGCCUACAGGAUCAGGGACUUCCGCUACACCUUCCGCAAGAUCAUUUCCAAGAUCCUCUGCAAGACGGACGACUUCCCCAAGUGCUCCACUGACAACAACCAGCACCUGACCGUCACCAACAUGAACGCUCCGGCCGCCUCGGUGACCAUAUGACCUCGCACGUCCCGCUCCCAGCCUGUCCCCAGCUCUACCCUCCCUGUGCCUAUGUGAGCAGAUACAGCCGGCUCGAUGGGAGCGCUCAGCAGUGACCACUAUGCAGUUCCGCAGCUGUAUUUUUAUGUUUGUAAUUUACGUGGUGCCUCCUAGGGGGAUAACCUGACCAGGGAGACUGAGUGCAGUUCACCCUCUACUGUUAACCAGGCUGCGUGAGCGCUGGUGACCGUGCUGUGCUUCCUUGCCAGGUCAGGUGCUGACUGUGGAAGUCCCACCUGCUGGGGGUGUUUCCCCAGUUGUGCUGCUCAUGUCAAGUCCUCGGAUCUUUAUUUUAAUUAAUGUUAUUAUUUUUUAAUGAUUGAUAGGAGUUAUA